AGCGAGAUAUAUCCUUUUUCAGGCAUUCGCAUAAGCCACCUCCUUGAGUUCCUUUUCAUUCAAGAUGGCGGGCGAUGAGUCUGGUACAACGCUUGGUCAGCCUCAUUUGGCUAAACAAGACCUCACUACUUUGGAUGUGUCUACCUUGACGCCUCUCUCUCCAGAGAUCAUCAGCAGACAGGCCACCAUUAAUAUCGGCACCAUUGGCCAUGUAGCCCAUGGAAAAUCCACAGUAGUGAAAGCCAUUUCUGGUGUUCACACUGUCAGAUUUAAGAAUGAACUGGAGAGGAACAUCACCAUCAAAUUAGGAUAUGCAAAUGCUAAGGUCUAUAAACUCGAUGACCCCAACUGUCCCCGGCCAGAGUGCUACAGGUCGUGUGGCAGCAGCACUCCUGAUGAGUUCCCCACAGACAUACCCGGCACCAAGGGCAACUUCAAACUGGUCAGACAUGUCUCUUUCGUGGACUGUCCCGGUCACGACAUUUUGAUGGCAACCAUGUUGAACGGAGCAGCCGUCAUGGAUGCAGCCCUCCUGCUUAUUGCGGGUAACGAGUCGUGUCCCCAGCCACAGACAUCAGAGCACCUGGCAGCUAUAGAGAUCAUGAAGCUGAAGCACAUCCUCAUCCUGCAGAACAAGAUCGACCUGGUAAAGGAGAGCCAGGCCAAAGAGCAGUACGAGCAGAUCCUCGCCUUCGUGCAGGGCACAGUGGCAGAAGGCGCUCCCAUCAUUCCUAUCUCAGCACAGCUCAAGUACAACAUUGAGGUUGUCUGUGAAUACAUCGUCAAAAAGAUCCCAGUGCCCAUCAGAGACUUCAUCUCUGAGCCCAGGCUCAUCGUCAUCAGAUCUUUUGAUGUGAACAAACCUGGCUGUGAAGUUGACGAUUUAAAAGGAGGCGUGGCCGGAGGGAGUAUCCUGAAGGGUGUGCUCAAGGUGGGUCAAGAGAUCGAGGUGCGGCCGGGUAUCGUGUCCAAAGAUCAGGAAGGAAAGCUCAUGUGCAAACCCAUCUUCUCUAAGAUCGUUUCUUUGUUUGCUGAGCACAACGACCUGCAGUACGCUGCACCUGGAGGUCUCAUCGGUGUUGGCACUAAGAUCGACCCCACUCUUUGCCGGGCGGAUCGUAUGGUCGGUCAGGUGCUGGGUGCCGUCGGAGCUCUGCCAGAGAUCUUCACCGAGCUGGAGAUCUCCUACUUCUUGCUCAGGAGGCUGCUGGGAGUCCGUACAGAGGGAGACAAGAAGGCUGCAAAGGUCCAGAAGCUGUCUAAGAACGAGGUUCUGAUGGUGAACAUCGGCUCGUUGUCUACAGGUGGCCGUGUCAGCGCCGUCAAGGCUGAUUUGGCCAAGAUCGUCCUCACAAACCCGGUGUGCACGGAGGUCGGAGAGAAGAUCGCUCUGAGCCGUCGUGUGGAGAAACAUUGGCGUCUGAUUGGAUGGGGUCAAAUCAGGAGAGGCGUGACCAUCACACCCACAGUGGAUGAUGACUGAGAAGAGGAAAAACACAGGAUGUUACCGUAGCAAACGCUCCCAUCGACUGGACAUCACAACCAUCACACUCUUCUUCUUCUUCUUGGCUUUUUCCUUUUUCUUUUGUGUUUUCCCCAGAAAGAGGAAGGGUGUAAAACCAACAGGACACAGCAGUUUUAAAGAAGCUUCCUCCCUCUGCUCCUCUUCCUCAGCAGUGACUUUAAUUUUUGCUGUAGAUGAAGGAGAGCAGAGGAGACAAGGAGGAUCUUUAGAUGAAAAAUCCUCCAGAAAGGUUCACAAACAGCUGCCUUUAGAGGUUCAUUCAGUGCAGAAAGGAUCCUGCACUCUCCCAAGAUUUCUGUCAGAUCUAAUAAAGAACAUUUGGAAGAAAAGUG